GGGCCCAGCGUCCCGGGAUAUAGCGACUGUGGUGGUCUGUCUUUCCUUUUUUUAUUUUUUAUUUUUUUAUCUCGUCCUAGGUUUCUUCCGACCCAGUCGCAGCGCGAAACGAUGUCUGAGACUGCGCCCGCCGCCCCGGCCACUCCAGCCCCCGCGCCGGCUGAGAAGACUCCGGUCAAGAAGAAGGUCAAGAAGCCUGCUGGAGCUGGAGGAGCCCGGCGCAAAGCUGCAGGCCCCCCGGUGUCUGAGCUGAUCACUAAGGCUGUGGAAGCCUCCAAAGAGCGCAGCGGCGUGUCUCUGGCCGCCCUCAAGAAGGCGCUGGCGGCAGCUGGCUACGACGUGGAGAAGAACAACAGCCGCAUCAAGCUGGGGCUCAAGAGCUUGGUGAGCAAAGGUACUUUGGUGCAGACCAAAGGCACCGGGGCUUCCGGUUCUUUUAAGCUCAACAAGAAGGCUUCUGCCGGCGAGGGCAAAGCGAAGGGCAAGAAGGCGGCUGCCGCCAAGGCCAAGAAGCCGGCUAGCGGUGCAGCCAAGAAGCCCAAGAAAGCGGCAGGGGCGGCAGCUGCUAAGAAAGGUGUCAAGAAGACGCCAAAGAAGGCCAAGAAGCCGGCUGCGGUGGGAGCCAAGAAGGCCACCAAGAGCCCAAAGAAGCCCAAAGCGGCCAAGGCGAAAAAAGUGGCCAAGAGCCCUGCUAAGGCUAAGCUGGCUAAGCCCAAGGCGGCUAAGCCUAAGGCGGCCAAGCCUAAGAAGGCAGCGCCAAAGAAAAAAUGAAGGGUGCUAUGGGAGAACUCCGCUUUUAGAAGCCUCAAAAGGCUCUUUUCAGAGCCACCCCAAAUCCUCAGAAAGAGCUUAAUACAAUACUUUUCUCCCUC